AUGGAGCUGCGCUCCGCCGCGGUGGCGCCCUACCUGCAGCGGGAGCCGGCGCCGCCCUGCCUGGCCGCCAGCCCCGCCGUGCUGUCCAACGCGACGCACCUCUGGACGCGGGACCGCCGACCAGACUGCUGCCUGCAGCUGCUGCUGCCGCGGCCGCGCUCCGACUCUGCCUACUCGGUGACGAACGGGUGCAUGCCGCUGCCGGCGUCCGGGCUGCGAGUGUUGGACAGCGAGGGCGGCGGUCCCGAGUUCGUGCGCGUCUCUUGCCCCGGCGAGCGCUGGCAGGACCUGCACGCCUUCGUGCCCCUCACCAGGCCCGCCUACAACUGCUCCGCUGCUGACGGCUCCUGCGGCGGGGAUACGGCGGCGAACGACUCUGUGAACGUGCUGAUGCUGGGCCUGGACGCCGUCUCGAGACUCAACUUCCACCGCCAGAUGCCUCUGACUGCCGACAUGCUGCGGGAACUCGACGCCAUCGAGAUGCUGGGCUAUAACAAGGUGGGCGACAACACGUUCCCCAACAUGCUGGCGGUGCUCAGCGGCCACACGGAGCGUGAGCUGCGAGACUCCUGCUGGGACGGCAAGGCGGCCUUCAACCCCUGCCCCUGGGUCUGGUACAACUACAGCGCAGCAGGACACCGGACGAUGUUCAUCGAGGACUCUCCGUACCUGGGCAUGUUCCACUUCGAGAAGCCGGGCUUCUCUGAGCCUCCCACGGACUACUACCCUCGACCCUACAUGCGCGCCGUCGACAAGGAAUUGGGCCACGCCGGCACCGAGACUACGAGCAGGUGCGCUGGCGAGCGGCUGCAGGUGUCCGUGUUGCUGACGUACGUUCGCAAGUUCGUGGAAGCGAUGGGCUCUGCUGGCUGGCGCUACUGGGCACUGGGGUGGAGCACGUCCGUGACGCACGAUCGGCUCAACGGUCCGCAGCUGGCGGAUAGCGAGCUCAGCAGCUUUCUGCGCUGGCUGAGGGACACGGGUGCACUGCAGUCCACCGUGCUCAUGCUGCUCAGCGACCACGGCAUUCGCGCCGGCGCAUUCCGGCAGACGCGGCAGGGCCAGCUGGAGGAGCGGCUGCCGCUGCUGGCCGUGGCGCUGCCGCCCUGGUUCUCCCAGCGCUACCGGGCCGCCGCGCGCAACCUGCGCCGCAACGCGCGCCGCCUCAGCUCGCCGUUCGACCUGCACCGCACGCUGCUCGACCUCGUGCGGCCCGACCGCGCGCUCCUCGACCACCAGCUGCUGCGCCGCAGAGAGCGAGAGCCGGGCCGCGGCCGCAGCCUGUUCACGGCGCUGCCGGAGUCGCGCACGUGCGCCGAGGCGGGCGUGCACGUGCACUGGUGCGCGUGCAAGCGCGGCACGCGGCCGCUGGCGCCGCAGUCGGGGCUGGCGCGCGCCGCCGCGCAGCGCUUCGUGCACCAGCUGAACGCGCGCCUCGCGCCGCUGCGCGCGGCCCGCGGGGGCAGGGCCGGCGGAGAGCGGCUGUGCGCGCAGCUGCGCCUGCGCCGCGUGCUCUCCGCGCUGCGCAGCCCGCAUGACGUCACCGUCACCCUGGAGACGGCGCCGGGCGGCGCGCGCUUCGAGGCGACGCUCGCGCUCGACGACGCCGGCGGCGACGAUGACGACGACGACGGCGCCCUGGGGGCGGCCACGCUGGAGGCCGUCAGCCGCGUCAACAUGUACGGCAACCAGAGCGCCUGCAUCUCCGACUUCCACCUCAAGCUCUUCUGCUACUGCGUCUCCUAGCGACCUGCCGCCUUGCUUAUUGUCUUGUUUCUUGAAAGUUCCUCCAUGUUACAUCUUAACUGCUAGCUUCGAGCUAAGAAUGUAACGUAUCCACCGCUGAUUACGAAACAAUUUAACUGUAGUGUGAUCUCUCACUACAGAGGUCACAGUCUCGCUCAGUGCUGGGAUGUGCAGUGAAGGCUGUCUGCAUCAGUCACAAAGUAUCUUCUAUCACAGUCCAUACGUGCAACUGCUUGCACAUCAUUUGAGAAUGAAAUAACUCAGCACCCAGUAAUUCCCGUUACAGGAAAAAA